AUGGGUCUUCCCAAGUGGCUGCCAGAAUGGAUCCUGUCAUAUCUGACGGGACGUAGCUCAAAGGUGAGCAUAAUCUCAUUCACGCGGGUACGUGCGCCGAUUGUCUUCGGUUACAUUACGGAGACGACAAGCUUAGAACGUAAAGGCGUAGUGAAGGACUUGGGGAUUCUCAUCUACAGCAAACUGAAAUUUGAUGCCUUAGCCUUAGAACACUUUACUGCUCGCUCGUACGCAGUGUUCUCGAAUAUGGAGUGCAAGUUUGGGCACCGUAUCACGCUGUUCACGACAACAGACUCGAACGUGUACAAAGGCAGUUCAUCCGUUUGCGGACCUCCGGCGAUCCCGGCGAAUGCGCGCGUUCAGACACAGCCGGCCGACGGUGGCGGCCCGGGCUACCGGUCCGCGAAGUACGAGUGCGAUUCCGGCUACGAGCUGUUCGGGUCGGAAACCAUCCGCUGUGACCCCGUCAAGGGCUGGGAACGCGAGCUGCCGUUUUGUGGAACCAAUGUGGCGUUCCGAAAGCCGGUAAAUCAGUCGUCCGCCACGCGUUCCGGUCCGGCGAGCCUGGCGAACGACGGCAAACCGGGCAACCAGAACCCGGACGGGCAGGAAUGUUCCGACACGCAGAAGGAGGCGUCGCCCUGGUGGCGGGUGGACCUGCUGACGCCGGAAGCGGUUCGGGUCGUACGGAUUACGACGCGCGGCUGCUGCGGCCAUCAGCCGCUGCAGGAUCUGGAAAUCCGCGUGGGCAACAGCAGUUCCGAUCUGCAGCGCAAUCCGCUGUGCGCCUGGUAUCCCGGCACGAUGGACGAAGGUACGACGAAAAGUUUCACCUGCGCGCGGCCACUGAUUGGGCAGUUUGUGACCGUGCAGCUGGUGGGCGUCGAGAGCAGCCUGAGCCUGUGCGAGGUGGAAGUGUUCUCGAAUGAUGAAUUUUCACCGGACCGGUGCGCCGCACCGAACCUGAACGCGGACACGGUGCUGACGACGUUCGCCAAGACCUGCUACGAGUUCCACAUCACGCGGGGUGAGAGCUUCGAGAAGGCGCGACAGGUUUGUCGUUCGCACGGUGGCGACAUAAUUCAUGACUUCCGCGGAGCGACGACAGAUUUCAUUAUCUCCGAGCUGGAGCGAAGGAAGACGGACCUGCGGACGCAACUGGUGUGGAUCGGCGCACAGAAAGAGCCUGGCAUCACGGCCCGCACGUGGAAGUGGGUGAAUGGCGAUACGGUAUUGAAGCCGACCUGGGGAAAGGAUCAACCCAACAACUACAACGGCGAACAGAACUGUGUCGUACUGGAUGGCGGUCGGAACUGGCUGUGGAACGACGUCGGCUGUAAUUUGGACUACUUGAACUUCAUCUGUCAGCACAACCCGUUGAGCUGCGGAUCGCCGGAUGCCCUCGUCAAUACGACCAUCGUAGGGAAAAACUAUACGAUUGGAGCCAACAUAACCUACACCUGUCCGGUGGGCCAUUCGCUGAUUGGAGCCGCACAGCGGCUCUGCCAGCAGACCGGUUCCUGGAGUGGCCAACCACCGACGUGUAAAUAUGUGGAUUGUGGCCACCUUCCGAGCAUCGAGCACGGAAGUAUUCAGCUAUCGGAGCAGCGAACCAGCUUCGGAGUGACGGCCACUUACAACUGUCACGAAAACUACACGCUGAUCGGGAACGAAAAUCGAACCUGUACGCUCGAGGGGUGGUCCGGUACGGAGCCGAAAUGUUUGAUCGAUUGGUGUCCGGAGCCACCGCCGAUUCAGGGCGGUAGCAUGAAGGUUUCCGGUCGGCGGGCGGGAUCGACGGCGUUUUACUCGUGCGAUUACGGGUUCGUACUGCUGGGUGAACCGGUUCUGUCCUGCGGUUUGGGUGGCAAUUGGACCGGUAAGACGCCCGUUUGUCGCUUCGUGGACUGCGGAAUGCCUGCUCGACCGGAUCGGGGCAAUAUGCUGCUGGUGAACGAUUCUACCACGGUCGGUUCGAUUGUGCGGUAUUUCUGUGAUGACGAUUACUGGCUGGUUGGACCGCAGGAACUUUACUGUACGAAGGAUGGCAAGUGGUCCGGCAGUGCGCCGGCUUGUGAAUUAAUCACCUGCGAGACGCCGCACGUCCCGCCCGGUUCGUACGUGGUCGGCUACGAUUACAACAUUCACUCGUCGAUUCAGUACCACUGCGAUCCGGGACACAUCCUGCGCGGUGAGGACACCCUGACCUGCCUGGAGUCGGGCCACUGGAGUGGUGACGCGCCGGACUGCGAGUACGUCGACUGUGGCCCGUUGACACCGAUCCCGUUCGGAGCGCAUCGGUACGUGCAGAACACGACCUACCUCGGGUCGGAAGUUUUCUACUCGUGCGCCAACUCGCACCGGUUGAGUGGCGUGCCGAAGCGAACCUGUCAGGAGAGUGGCCUCUGGAGCGAGGCAGCUCCACGCUGCGAGGAGAUACGCUGCCCGGAACCGACCUUCGCUCCGCACAGUAUUCUCAGCGUAACCGGGAACGAUCGGAUGUACGGCAGGACGUUGAUUCGAACUUCGGAUCAGGCGGCGAACAGUGUGCAGACGUACAAGAUUGGGGCACUGGCGAAGUAUCGAUGCGAGAGGGGGUACAAAAUUGUUGGGGAGCCACUGAUUACCUGCGAGGAGAAUGGAUUGUGGAGCGGGGAGAUUCCGGAGUGUGUUUACGUUGAUUGUGGAGCGCCUUCUACGACCGUCAACGGACGGGUUACGUUGGCCACUAAUGCGACCUAUUAUGGAGCGGCUGCCCUGUACGAGUGUAACAACAAUUAUAAGUUGGAUGGCGUUUCCAGGCGACUCUGUAUGGAGGAUGGAAGUUGGAGUCACGAAACGCCGGCUUGUGUGGAAAUUACUUGUGAUGAGCCAAACAUGGCCGAGAAUCUUGUGGUGGAUCUUGGCAGUCGGAAGGUAGGUACGACGGCCAAGUUCAACUGUGCCAAGGGUCGGUACAUGGUUGGGAAUGGUACCCGAACGUGUCAGCAGUCCGGUGUGUGGUCCGGACGGAAUCCCGUGUGCAAGUUAACCGAUUGCGGUCGUCCGGCUGAUAUUGAAAAUGGACGAGUAAUUGUGGUAAACGAAUCCACCGUUUACGGUGGAUCGGCUGAGUAUCAUUGCAUUCCACACUACAAUCGGAUUGGUCCGUACUUGCGAAAAUGCAUGGAUGAUGGAAAGUGGAGCGGAGAGGAACCUCGUUGCGAGUUGAUAGUCAACGAUGCCCAGGAAACAAACAGCCUGGGUACCGGCAUCGCAAUCGGAGCCGCCAUCAUCGUCAUUCUGUUGAUUCUUAUUGGGGUACUAUUCCUGCACCGGAACAAAGCCCGUCCGGUGAAAAAUACGGAAAAUGUACAGGCGGCUGAGCACAAAGACGAACAGAAUGCGGCCGUAAUGUCGUACUCGUCGCUGGAGAACGGACGGCACAAUUUCGAUCUGCCGAAUCGCGGCAAUCUGGUGACGUUCAAUACCUUUCAGGCUGGUGGCGGUGCCAAUGGGCACCCUCCCCCGCCAAGUAGACUUAAUAGUAAUAACAUUAGCGUUAGCAAUAACAAUAGCUUAAGCAGUAGGCACAUGAGUGGCGGCGAAAACAUCUACGAUCAAAUACCAAAUGAGCAGUACUACGACGCUCCGUACGAGAUGCGUAGCAACGAGGAGGUGUACGAGCCGGAACCGACCGUCAGGGGGAAUGUCAUCACCAUCAAUGGGGUUAGCGUGCGAUAA